AUGAGAACGGAGAGCACGUCGACAUCUGAGCCUUCGACUUAUACGACAUCAACAGAUUCGACGACUUCUAUAGAGCCACCUUGGAUGAGAACGGAGAGCACGUCGACAUCUGAGCCUUCGACUUCCACGACAUCAACAGAUUCGACGACUACUACACAGCCAUCUUGGAUAACGACUGAACCACCUACAAUUUCCUUUUCUCUUCCGACGUUGCCAGUGUUAGAGCCAACAUUCACAACUGAGCGGCCGCCUUCAACGGUCGCAUCCACUUCUACAAAAAUGGAGCCUACUUCUUCUACGACUACUGUGCCAUCGACAACAGAGGUGCCUGGAAAAAAACUGUCCUGCCUUAUCGUAGGUGACAUGAGCAAUUUCGGAACCAAUCAAGCGGCUUAUAAUCAGGUGUACCUUCCAGAUGAACGACUUCUUUCAGGAGAAAUACUUCAUCGGAAACGCUAG